AUGGAUAAAUUCGCGCCGAAAGCGUUCUCUUUUUCCUCCUCCUCCGCGAGGGAGUCUGGUUCCAUUCGAGGCUCGAAUACUUUGAAAAGAGACAUUUUGAAGAGAGAGAGACUGUCGAGACGCGCGUUGAAGACGAAAGCGACCGGGGCGAGAGCUUCCGCGUUGUCUGAGUUCAAGGAAAAGUUUCCGGCGGCGGAAACCGCGUUUUAUUUCGCCGCCUGGUAUUUUCUCAACGUCCAGUUCAACAUCAUCAACAAGACCAUCUACAACUACUUCCCGUUUCCGUGGUUCGUGUCUUGCGUGCACUUGGGCGUUGGUUUACUCAUCAUGACGUUCUUCUGGACGACGAGGCUGGUCAAGUUUGAAAAACCCUCGCCGACGUUUUUGAAGGCGUUGACGUUGCCGGCGUUUUUGCACGCGUUUGGACACUGCUUGUCGAACGUGUCCUUUGCCACCGUCGCGGUUUCGUUCACGCACACCGUGAAAACGUUGGAACCGGUAUUUUCGGCUCUUGGCGUGUAUUUAGUCUCCGGUACCGUGUACCCGUUACCGGUGUACCUUUCUUUGAUUCCAGUCAUUGGCGGCGUCGCGCUCGCCUCGGCGACGGAGUUGUCGUUCACGUGGUUGGGUUUUCUUACCGCGAUGUCCUCGAACGUUGCGUUUGCGGCGAGAGCGAUCUUUAGUAAGAAGCUUAUGUCUGAAAUGUCUCCGCUCAACUUGUAUAACUACGUGACGAUUGUUGCGUUGCUCUUCUGCAUUCCGUUCGCGUUGCUCUUCGAAGGUUCCACCGUGGCGGCCGGCAUCUCGAGCGCCAUUGCCCUUAAAGGCCAAAAAGAUUUCGUCAUGUCUUUGUUGUCGGUUGGUUUCUACUACCACAUGUACAACCAAGUCGCAUACCAAGCGUUGGGCAAGGUUGAACCAGUCACGCACGCCGUCGGUAACGUCGGUAAGAGAAUCUUUGUGAUUGGCUUCUCCAUCUUGGCGUUUGGAAACAAGAUUUCCACGCAAACCGCCGUCGGCUCUGCGAUUGCCAUCGCCGGCGCGUCCGCGUACGGUAUCAUCAAGGCUAAAUACGCCGAGAAGAAGACGGCGUAA